AUGGCCUCUAACGCCAAAAAAUGCAUCAUCAGCCCGGGGGUGAGCCUAGGCGACCCUUCCAUGAAGCGCAAGCAGUCGCCUACCACUGCCCUCCAAGGCAGAGAGAAAGUUAUGAGAAAAGGACAAGAAUCGAGGGGACCGUCCCUAGAUAUUCAGACCUGGAAGGACGACGUUGUGUUGCCGCGUUUCCCGGACUCGGAACAAGCGUCGCUACGCUGGAAAUAUCGUAUGAACUGUGCAAUCGAUAUCCCAACAAUUGAGAAUGAAUGGUGGGGGGGCCUCAAAGACGAGAUAAGUGGGUUAGUGAUGGAAACAUUACCUAUGGUCAUCUCGUGGGAGUAUGUCAAUGACCAAGGUAAAAAGUCACUGUCCACUUGGUUUCCUCGCGCAAAGGACUACAUCGACCUUUGCAAGAAGCGCAAGCGUGAGGAUGGAUCAUCUUGCAUCUAUUCAGCUUGGAUUUGGCAUAUACUUAUGGACUGCAUUUUCUCGCCAUCUACUAAGAAAUGGCGUGAUGAGGAGUGGAAUAGUUUCGGUCGAUUUCACUCCAAAUUCAAAGAGCACGUUGAUUCAGUAGAUAACGAAUUCACCUUGUCCUUCUACUCGUGGAGGAGCGAAUCGGUGCGCAUGCUGUACAUGUUCAACGGGACCCAUAUUGACCCUGAAUUGGUCAAGCAAACUCUACGAGACCAUCUGGGACCCUCAUUCGUUGUCAGAGGCGCAGAUGAUAGCAUCAUUGAAGAGGCACUGUCGAAUAUUGUCGAUCAGGCUAUUCUUAUGGAUCGCCAAAUGCUGGCAUCCAAGUGGGAUUUCAGGGUUGAGAUGUGUGAUCCCUCAUCGGGCCGGAAUAGCGACUUCCUUUUCACUACUGACGAAGCCCUUAUGCGGUUUGAUGGCCACUUUCAGGAGACGCCAGCUCCUAGAGAUGGCGCGCGUGUUGACUUUGUGUCUGCUCCUAGCUUUCGAGUACUGGGAAAACCUGUUGUGGGCGAAGCUACUGAUCCUUACACGGAGUUUAUGAUCAAGAGGUUGGUCAAAUAUUACCACGUGCCCAGUCUCCAUAUCCCAAUACUGGUAGUCACGGACCAGCUAUCUGAAAAUGCACGCGAGAGAUUGGAAGCAAUUGAGGCAGAAAAGAAGCGGGCAAGAAAGGGCAAAGGCGGAUGUGAGGAUACUGUUGCUGAGAAUGUCUGA